UCUAAAAUCUAAGUUAAAACUCUAAAUAAGAUUUUACAAAAAUUCCCUAAUAUGAUUUAUCUUUAUAUGAAUCCUAUUAAAAUAAUAAAAACAUUCCUAAAGACAGUAAUAGAAUUAUCGAAUUUAUUUUUUGCAAAAACCGCUUAUACGAAUUAACUUGUGAGUAAUUAAUAUAUUAUAUACUAGCUUAUAUUCUAGAAAAUAACUCACAAGAAUUCCAGAAAUAUCUAAAUUAAUAUUUAGAAAUAGAAGAGAAUGCGCCUUUAUCAAUCCGAACAAUAUCUGAAUUAAAAAAGUAUGAAAAAGAUGAAAAAACCUAUUUUUUUUUUAAAUAAAACCUUAAAAAAUUCAACCAAAAAUGUUAUAUUUAAAAAAAACCUGAAAUAAAUACUAAAAUUUAGCAAUAAUUUUCUAUUCCAAAAAGAUUUGACAAAAACGAAAUUGUUGUUAAACUUCAAGAACUUUUGUCUUAAAAAAACAAGUAAAAAAUUCAAUUAGAUGGAUUUCUCACAGAAAAUCUUGAAUAAUAAAUUCUAGAAUAUUAAAAAGCAGAAAAUUUAUAUCCCGAUGCUUUGAUAACCCCCUAAUUAAUUUCUCAUUUAUAAAAUAUACCUAGUUAACCAUAAAAAAUAUAAUAGAAAUUUAACCAAAAUGACCUUUAAAAACUUCUUAAUGUGCAAAAUAUUAUUGGAAUCACUUUUUAAAAACAAAUAAAUAAUUUCAAAUUAAUCAUUGGACCCUAAAAUAUCCCAAAUAUACAUUUUUAACAUUUAAUUUUAUGCUUAUAAGUAUAUUUAGAUCCCACAAUUAAAGUCAAAAACAUAAGCUUUUCCUUAGAUCCAUGGGAUGAGAAUAAUCCGGAAGGUCCUUAUUAACGAAAAGUAGUUUAUCCAGAUUUUCUUGAGAAUAAAAAGUUACUUGAAGGCACUAAAUUUAGCGAAAUAAUGUUCGAAUGCGAUUAUUUGUUAAAAUAAAUGAGUUUAGGACUAAAGCCAGAUUCUAAAACACCUUUUGAAUACCCAAAAGAACUUUAGAAGAGGAAUUUUAAGAAUAUACCGGAACUUUUAAAAGAGGAAAUUAAAAAAAAAAACGGGGAAAGUUAAAGUUCUUGGAGUCGUUUAUGGCUUGUAUGUCCUUAAAUAUAAAUAGAAGAAAAAGACGGGUCUUUUUUUUGUACUGGAGAUGCUAAAAUUAAAGUGGAAGCGAGAUAAAUGAUGAAAAAUUAGGAAGGAAAAUUAAUUGAUAAGGUAGUUUAGGACAAGAAUGAUGUUUGUUUUUAAUUUGCAAGAAGUCUUUCGGAAAAUAUGGAUAUAGUAGAGAAGGAAUACCCUGUUUUUGAGAAAUUAAAAAGCUUAUAUAAGGCACAUGGUUUAGCUAAGAUUAUUAUUUAGAAAAUUGGAAGAAAUAUUAAUUUUUUAGGAGAAGUGGAGAAAAUAAUAUAAAAAGAAUAAAAAUUAGAGAAUUAUUAAAAUUAAAUUCAAGCCAUUAUUUAAAAAGAAGAAAUUGAAACAGAAAAAUAAGAAAAAAUUCCAGUUAACUCAAGGACUGUGGCUCUUAGAUUUUUAUAAAAAAAUAAAUAGGAAACUUCAGAAAAUAAUAUUUAGAAAGUCUUAGAACAUAUAAUCAAAUAAAAUGGAGGAAAUUAAGUUUUUUACGAUAUUUAAUCUACUAAAAGUGUAUAGAGGAAAUAUGUAUUAGGAGGUGUUGAUAUGGAUACUAAUGUUUAAAUUGUUAAAUAAUAAUAAUUAAUAAAUGAUUCUUUUUCAUUAUCAACUUAAUCUACUGAAGCUGAUCUUUCGUUCCUUUAAGAAAUUAAAUAAUGCACUAAAUGUAAAAAAGAACUUUCUUUUGAAGAAAUUAAAUGCACAAUUAAUGGAAGUGAACAUUUUUGUAAUUUACAUCAUCCUUAUUCAUGUUUUUAUUGUCAUUAAAUUAUAAAAGAAAAUGGAGUUUAAGUUAUGGGGAAUGCAAAUAUUUUUAAUAGUCCGUUGUUUAAUAAUUAAAGUGUUUAUAUGCAUGCUGGAUGCAAUUUGGUAUUUUAAAAUAAAUGCAUAGAUUAGAAAAGCUUGGAAUUAUAAAAUAAAUAAAUUGAAAGUGCUAAUUAGGGUGUUUUGGAUUAAAUUAAUAAGAAUUUGAAAAACAGUUUGUAAUUAAAAGAUAUGAAAAAUAGAGAAAAAAGUAAGUUUGUGUGCUAGAUGUGUAAAAAAAUUAAUUUUUCGGAAUU